CCGCCCAGGCGCUUUCGCUUUCGCCCCAGUCCCAUGUCGCCAUGAAAAACUGCCGGGGCCCCAGCUCCUAGCAAGACCGCGCUGCUGCCAGAUCCAGAAGUAAAAUGAGUACUUCACAAUCAAUAAGAUGUGCUUCUAAAUCAUGAUGGCAGUACUGAUUGGACCACUGAGUUUUUGUCAACUUGUGUACCUCAGCAUUUUGACCACUACUUUGUUCAGCUUGCCAGAAGCAUCUGUGAUAAAUCCACCUCAGAAGUUAACAAUGCGCUCUGAGAAUUUCCAGCACAUUUUAUCAUGGGAACCAGGAAGUAAUACAACUAUGCCAACAUACUAUAAUGUGAAAUACAUAGGUCUCAGUGGAUCAGAAAAGGAAUGGAAAAUGGCUAAAGAAUGUUCAAAUACCACAUGCCUAUUCUGUAACUUGACAAAGGAGUAUGAAGAAUAUACUUCUACCUACAUAGCAAUGGUUCAGAGAGUCACAGAACAUGGAGAAUUAAAUUCAUCUAUUCUUGAAUUCUCUCCAUAUAGUUUCACAUACUUGGGUCCACCAGCAGUUAAUCUUACUGCUUGUCCAGCCUGCAUAAAUGUGACAGUAAAACUUCCAGCCGCAUAUUUAAAAGAAAGUUCUUUAAUUGCUAUAUAUCAAAAACUUGAUUAUACGAUAACAGUGGAAUCAUUUGAUAGAAAGGAAAAGAUUCCUAUUAAGAAUGAAACCUCUGAAGAAAGCUUUACCUAUGUUGUUGGAAGCUUGCGUUCAAAUACAAAUUAUUGUGUGUCUGUUGCUGUGGCUGCAUCAUUAAACCGUCAUUCCAUCCCUUCGGCCUUGAAAUGUGUAAUCACCAAGUCCAACACUCAACCAGGUUAUGGUAUAAUUCCAAUCCUAAAUGGUGGACUUGUUGCAUUGAUAAUAGGCAUCUUCCUACUAGGACUGUAUAAAGGAGGUUUCAUUUGCUUAAAAAGUAAACCGUGGCCAAAAGUUUUGGAAACCACAAAUAAAUUACAUUGCUCGGUGCAUGAACCUGAUCCUGAAAAUGUGUGCUCUGUACAAGUCAUGUAUAAGGAGGUGAAAAAAAAGGAGUGGGAAUACUGUUAUGAUGAUGAUAGCGAAAGUGAUAGUGAAAAUUCUGGUGAAUAUGCCAGACAUGUCAUCUUGGGCAGAGUUCCAAGUUCCCAUGCCAAAUCAAACACCUUCGCGCACCAGACUAUAGACUGUACAUCUGCAGAGAGUAGCAGUCAAGCAACUGAACUUCUGAAUUCUGACGCAGAAAAUUCUGAAGAGCAUCAAUCUGUCAUUAGAGAAAAUGAAAUCACAAGUAGAGUGUUCUUUCAUCCUUCAUCUGAAGUAAACAGUUCCUCAACUUCUGAGUUAAGUAACAGUGCUUGCUUUAACAUAAAUUUAAAUACUGUGAUGCUGGGAGACCCUGACAAGACCUGGGAUGAUUCUGCAACAUUAAUCUCCCACCAAAAGGAUGCAAUUGACUUGCAAGAUUCUAGUGCUUCUGAUGCACUUGAAUCAAAAUUUUUUACUAACAUAGUAGAUGUUAAGAAGCCAGUUUGUCAUAACAUCUCACACGAAUGGCAAAAACCUAGUGUCUCGGAUGAAAGUGAUGCAUCAGAUUCUGAAUACAUAAGGAGAUGAAUUGGUGAAAGCAAGAACCACUUUAUAAAACAUGAAUAAACAAUUGGUCAUGUUUCAGAGUAUCGCUUUCUGGUUUGAACAUACAAUUCAGCUUCUGAUGAAGUCUGCAUUUUUUACAUUCUAAAUAUAUGCCCGUACAUUAUAAAAGCAUGCAGGACUCAUGUAUUAAUGAACAGUGUUUUGGUAGCUUAGGGCUUAUCUACACAAGGGGUUUAGUCCAGUCUAACUCAAGUUAGUACAGAUUGAAAAUACCUAUGUACACAUGAGGCAAACCCUAACUCUUAACUUGGUGCAAAUUCUGGAGUCCUCCGUCAAAGUGUACUAAGUUCAGUGAAAAUUGAGUUAGUGCAGACUAUCGCUCAUGUCUGCACAAUGUUGCUACGUGCUACUUUAGCACUCCUCCAACAUCUGUCCCACACGGCUUUGUGGGGUCAAAUGAUAGGCAUGUGGGCCCCAUCAGUUGCCCCAGUACAAUUCAGGAAACCCUUACAUGCAUAGCCAUCAAUAAUCUGAACAUUACCAAGAUUUAUAACCUGGUGCAACAGUACCUUCUGCAUGCCAGCACACACCUGCGUGACAAUGCCUCCAGUAGUCGAUCGCCCCACAUCAAAUUGGUUGGCUAUGGACCAGUAACAGUUGGGGUGGCCAACUUCCAGAUGGUGAUGGAAACGCAUUUCUCAGUGGGUUAUGGGACAUGACAUGUUGGUAUGGUGGCACUGCAGCUAGUUCAGCCCAGAUCUCGGAAAAGAUUGCCUUCACUCUUCUGAAAUUCUGUUGCCACCGCUGGUCAUCCCAGAUCCUCAGAACAAUCCUGCCCCACCAAUCAGUGCUGGUUUCCUGAGCCAGAAAUGGCACAGCACCAAGUGAAGCUGCUCCAGGAAGAGUUCAGUAGCAGUUGCUCGAUGUCCUGCUCGUUCCUCUGCUACUGCUGCUGGGUAGCCACAUCAGCUGCUUGUUGAUUGGAGGCCAAAGCCACCCCGCACUCUGAGCUCAAAUAAAGUCCAGACAGCCUCUGCGUAUACUCAUAGUUGCCAGAAUUGUGAUGUGGAUCAUUGUUGCCCCCAUGCUAGCCAACAGCAGUUCAAAAAUGGUGUUAGCCUUCCCUGAUAGAGAGGAAUCGAAUCAGGGUAGACGGAGCAAAAUCAUGGAAUUCUGAAUUUUACCUCAAGUCCGAGAAUUCCACUGGCUUCUGCAAUGCAUUUCACAGUGUGCAGCAAGAGAAAUCCUAGAAUGCACACAGCUCAACAGCAAAGCAAAGGACUAUCAGAUACUCACCCAAAAUGCCACACGCUUAGUACGCACAAAGCCUCCACCAUGUGUACGAAAUGAUGCAAAUUGAAAGAAGGCACAACUGUCCCAUAUGCAUGCUGUUAGAGCAAGUUAUGUAUUGGGCACCAACUGGUACGCAUCAGCUGAGAACAAACUAAACCCGUUGUGCAGACAAGCUUUUAGUGUACAAUACUAGCUGUAUUUCACACACAUAAAAGCAAAGUACAGAUCUGAAGGUAAAUAUAUGUAGCAACAGUAUAUGCUAGUUAUUAAACUUGGUGAAUUCUCACAUGUUGUGGUCCACAGACAAAUCUGCUUUAAGUGUUAAUAAGUAGUAAACCUUUACCAAAAAUUCACCAUGAGAAACAGAAGUAAUGAUGUUACUAUAUGGGUGGUCUCACCACAAAGUAAUCUCCACAAGCAGUCUCUGGAAGGCCUGCUCUGUAUGGGGGGUUACUUUGCAAUAUGUUUUCACCAUUGCAAACAAUAGAGUAAUGCUGCAUUCCUGUAAAUGAAUUAAUCGUACACAGAAGCUGAUUAUGCAGAGAAAGCUGAUCAAGUGAAAACCCUGGGAAAAGAAUGAAAACUGACAUUGUUCCUGAACUGUAUCUCCUAUAUUGAUAAUGUUUAAACAAAUUCAGCAUUUACUUCAAUCUAUAGUGAAACAGAGACCAGCCAACUAGUAGAUGGUCAUAGUGUAAUUAUUGCGACAGCUGUAUGCCGACAUAAGUUAGGUCGACUUAUACCUAUGGCCUUCGUCAAUGGGACUUUUGCAUAUGUUUCAUUGGAGCCAGGAUUUCACCUGAUGAUUAAAGCAGUUCAAAAUAGUAUAAGGCAGUGGUCCCCAAUGCGGUGCCAUGGCGUCUGCCACGACAUCUAUGUGCACCCGCCCACUGGCCACCAGACAAGCUUCUUGGCGACAUUUCAACAGCUGCUUGUCCAGCAGCCACGCUCCUCGGCGGCUAGUCGUCCGUCGCCUGCCACACGGAAAGGUUGGGGACCACUGGUAUAAGGUAUUAAGAAAUAAAAAUUUUAUUAAAGUGAAUGUUUAAAAUGAAAUAUACAUGAGUUAAGAGGCAAGGUACUGUACAUCUGGGGUCAGGCUUGGGUUAUGGGGGGUUACAGGUAUCGUUUGCAAGGAUGAAAAGAUACAUAUAUAUCACAUAACCUGCAUAGACCCAGAUUGGGGUGCAAGGGCUUUAAAGUGUCAGUGGAUAGGUGGGCUCAGGUACGCCACCCAUGGAAUGAAUAAGGAGUCAAAGUCAGUAGCGGAUAAGUACAUGGGUGGAGUGCGUCCCUGGGUCCAUCAGGGAAGGAAGUGGGUUAUUUUCCUGGUCGGCGGUCUCGGUUACUCAAUGUGGUAUUGACAGUAUCCUGUGAUGUGUUCCGUAUAAAUGUCUCUGGACCACCUGAUGGUGUCGGACACCAUGAGCUGCCUCAUGAGCCGGGCGUAGACAUAUUUAGACUGGUACCAUAGAUAUAAAAUCUCUAUCAGAAGUUAAAGUGUGAACUUCUAAUGCAAUGUAUGGUGCUGCAUGGAAAUAUUCCUUUUUGUAAUGACAUAUCCAAAAAACUGUAUGGCCAGAAUGUAUGUAAUGAAACCAGGAAACACACAAUAUUUUCUGAGCACAGUUCAAGCUGCUAAAUUAAUGCAACUGGUCAUUCCUAACCGGUAAUGGAAGUGGAUGUCUUUGUGGGGGUUUUUUAUUUUAAUUACCUUAUUACUUUGUAUAUAUAUUUUUUACAUUUUUUGUAAAAUUAUCAGCCACCACAUUAUAUUUUUGAGGUGUUGUAAAUGCCUUUUUAAAAUAAAGUUUUUGAAAACG